AUGGAAUUAUCCAUAUUCAGUUUCUUUGCUAUAUGUGUCCUACUUGGGGUGGCUGGUAGAGCUAGAGCCAGUGACGAUAGCUUUGAUGAGAAUUACUAUGUUUACAUGGGGAAACAAUCAUGUCUCGUCUCUAAACCAAGGAAGAGAAAUUCAGCUUUCGAUGGACAGUUCAUCGGUUUCUUUGCUAUAUGUGUCCUACUUGGGGUGGCUGGUAGAGCUAGAGCCAGUGAUGAUAGCUUUGAUGAGAAUUACUAUGUUACAUGGGGAAACAAUCAUGUCUUGUCUCUAAACCAAGGAAGAGAAAUUCAGCUUUCGAUGGACAGUUCAUCGGGGUCUGGAUUUGGCUCCAAGCUAAGCUAUGGAUCUGGGUUCUUUCAUAUGAGGACAAAGCUACCAGACAAGGACUCUGCAGGAGUUGUUACAGCUUUCUAUCUGACUUCACACACAAGUAACCAUGAUAAGUUAGAUUUCGAGUUCUUGGGGAACAGAGAAGGAAAACCUUGCACGUUACAAACUAAUGUGUUCUCAAAUGGGCAAGGGAAUAGAGAGCAAAGGCUCCAUCUCUGGUUUGAUCCUACAGCAGAUUUUCAUACUUAUCAGAUCCUGUGGAACCAACAUCAGAUAGUGUUUUAUGUGGACAACAUCCCAAUUAGAGUAUUCAAGAACAACACAAACAUUGGAGUAAGCUACCCAACACAACCAAUGCAAAUGGAGGCAAGCUUGUGGGAUGGGGAUAGUUGGGCAACAGAUGGUAGCCAAACAAAGACCAACUGGUCUUAUGCACCAUUCAAAGCUCACUUCCAAGGUUUCGACAUCAAUGGCUGCCCAGCUCAAGACUCCAGUAACAUUCAACAAUGUUACUCCUCUAAGUUUUGGUGGAAUGGAGACAAAUACUGGACAUUGGACUCUACUCAACAAAAUGCAUAUGAGAAUGUAAAAAACAAGUAUAUGAACUAUGACUAUUGUUCUGAUAGGCCUAGGUACCCUAAUCCUGCCCCAGAGUGCCUUCUGUAA